UAAUAAACAAACAUGUGGCAUGACUCUUGUGGGUUCAUUUUAGAGUCUAGCUUAUUUCAACACCAAUUAGUAUAUAUAGGAAGAGGGAGAACACAUGUUUGAAGCAUAUAAGAAAUGAUAUAAUUCAAUUCAAUAGUAUAUAGUAUAGUAUGAGAGAGAAAUUAGAUAGCCUUAAUUAGAGUUUGAUAUAAGAAAUCAUUAUGGGAAAAGGAAGAGCACCAUGUUGUGAUAAGAGUCAAGUGAAGAGAGGACCUUGGAGCCCUGAUGAAGAUCUUAAGCUUAUUGCUUUUGUUCAGAAAUAUGGUCAUGAAAAUUGGAGAGCUCUCCCUAAACAAGCAGGUCUUCAGAGAUGUGGCAAAAGUUGUCGUUUGAGAUGGAUCAAUUAUUUGAGGCCUGAUUUAAAGAGAGGCAAUUUUACAGCAGAGGAAGAGGAAACCAUAAUAAGGCUACAUAAGGCCAUCGGAAACAAAUGGUCAAAGAUUGCAUCAUGUAUGCCUGGUAGAACAGAUAAUGAGAUCAAGAAUGUGUGGAAUACACAUUUAAAGAAAAAAUUGGUCGUAAAAAAUUCAGAGUCAAGUGCCUCAGAAUCCAAAUUAGAAUCAUCAAUAACCUCAUCCUCUUCAUCAGAAUCAUUUUUAUCAUCAAAUGAGGUACCAAAGAGUACUACUCCUGCAACUAGUGAAUUUAAUGAGCAAACUUCACAAGUGACAAUGACAAAUGAAAUUAAGAAAGAUUAUGAAAAACAAUUAUCCUCUAAUAUUGAACUUGUUAAGGAUCCAAAAGAUUCCUCAAAUAUUUCAUUAUCUUCAAUUGAGUCUAAUAUAUUGAACACAAGCCAAAUUGGUGACAUGGCUUCUCCAUUAAGCUAUUUAGGAUCUUAUGAUGUUGACAAUAUAUUACAAGAAGUUGAAAAACCAAACAAUUUGAUUGAAAUACCAUGGGAAUCAGAUUAUGAUCUUUGGAAUUUUAUAGAGAAUAUUGGAACUUAUCAAUCAAAUGAUCAAGUACAAUUAGAGGGGUUUCAAGCUAGUGAUGAAAAUAUUAUUAAUUUUGGUGAAGAAAAUGUUCAAGAUGUUGUUGAAGCAAAAAAGUGGUCCCAUGAAUUUGAGAAUGAGUUUGGAGUAGGUGAAAAAUUGGAGUCAAACAAAGGUGAUGGGGUCCUACCAAAGAAUUAUGAUGCAGUUGAGCCAGAAAUUGACCCUCAUGCAUUUGAUUUCAAUGAUAUCACAAUGCAAGAAUCUGAAUUAGACUUUGGUAACAUUCAAUUGUGGCCCUCUUUGCCUCAAAAUAAUAACUUGGGGGGAUAAAUAAGUUUUUAUGUGAUUCAUGAAUUUGUGAUUUAAUCAGUAUAGGUAUACUGACAAUGGGAAAUUAAUCAAAGGUUAUUAGGUGAAUUUGAUGUAUGAUGGAUUUCAUGUAUACUUUUGAAAAUUAUGUUAGAAUAGAUUGUAGUUUGAAGCACAAAUAUGAAAUAUGCAAUAAUAUAUACUAUUAAAU